AAUGAAAACAUCAUGCCGAACACCGACAAGAACAGUGUCCUGUCAAGCGCAUUCAUUGAUGAUGAGAUGCGAGAUCCCAAUUGGAAUGCAAAUCUUUCAGUCAACAAGUAAGUUUGCCCUUGCUGUUGUCAUGGAAUCACAGCUCAUUGUCAUUAUGGACGGUAUGACCUACAGCGCCAUUAUUCCCUAGUUGUGACUUUCUCUAGUUUCAACUUCCACCACUUCCACCACUCCACCACCAGAGUGGCGCUAGUAGUUCGCAGUAGGCAGAGACAUAGGUUAUGACGUAUCUAUGUCCGUGCCUACUGUGAAUUUUGGCCAUUUUCACAAUAUUUGCCUACACAAUGUACUACGAAAGGAACAAUUCCUUAUGCAUAUACAACGUUACCUUAUUAUAUAUGCAUAGGGGGUCGAAAGGUCAACUAUCAUUUGGAUUGAUGAAUAAAUUAAUUGUAUGGUCACGUGUGAUCACGAAUUGAGGUCAUUUUGUUAAACGGAGGUCUCCUUCAUUGACUUUGGCCCAGGGGUGUUGUCCCUGACUGCCAAAAAAAUCAAAAUGGCUGCCUACAGUAAUGUAGUUCCGAUUCCCGCCACCGGUAGAUCGCAGAUGGCGCUGCUACUUUUGACUAAUGCCAUUUCAAUGAAACAGUGUACAAUUUUUAAACUCUCAUAAAAUUUAAACCGAUAGACCGAUUUCGAUGAACUAAAGCUUAAAAUGAUCUCCUUUCGAUUCUGAACAACUUUCUCGCAGGUUGUAUCUAUCUUAAAAAAUGAAAAAGUUUUGAAAAGUGAUGAUGGGAAUCCCCAACCCUGCAAUCAUCAUGUCUAUAAAGAGAACAUUCAAUGUGGUACCUGAGUUUUCACUGCUGCUGGAAUCAUGUUUGUAUCUGGUAAAAAACACGUAGACAAAGUGUUUAGGAGAGAUUCAUACAUGGGAAUGUGAAUAUUAUAGAUUUUUGGUUGGACUUGUGAAUUUCCAGGAAAUUUAUUUUUGUCAGAAAUUCUUACAACCGACUAGGUAAUACAGGGGUAAGGGUAAUCGUUUUUCCUUCAUCACAAACCAAUGCAUUGCAUUGCAUCAUUUUUUCAAAACACGCGAAUUGAGUGAAAAAAAAUGCAAAUGUACAUGUUUGCCCUUGCUGUUGUCAUGGAAUCACAAUUAUGACAUUGUGCUCAUGUAGAGACGACAUCACAGAUAUGUGUGUACUUUUGGGUGGAGGGAAUUUUAAGGUAGUUGAGGAGAGUUGUUCAUGGAGAACAUAUUGAGUCAGGAGGACACAUUAUAUAGAGGAUAAACUAUUCCAGUACACAUGACAAAGAAUGAUCGCAAGCAAGAGACCUGGGCCGGCCCAUCAUAUGGAGUGACUGUAUGAGUGGAAUACAACCAAUGUCACUUGUUGAGGAGGGUGCACAGUCGGUGAAUAUGAUCGAAAACAGCAUCAGCUCGGCCUGCUGUCAACAACUGAUAGUGGUUCAGAUGACGAUGAUGCCAUUUGUGGUGCCCCACUCGAUCCAGGUGAUUGCAGAAAAUGAACGAGAACUGCCCUCUACUUCUAGAACUUCUAAGUUUGUGAUGUCUAUCUAUCUACUAGCUUGUUGAGGAGGGUGCACAGUUGGUGAAUAUGAUCGAAAACAGCAUCAGCUCGGCCUGCUGUCAACAACUGAUAGUGGUUCGGAUGACGAUGAUGCCAUUUGUGCUGCCCCACUCGAUCCAGGUGAUUGCAGAAAAUGAACGAGAACUGCCCUCUACUUCUAGAACUUCUAAGUUUGUGAUGUCUAUCUAUCUACUAGUUGCUGUUAUAAAUGAAAACAUCAUGCCGAACACCGACAAGAACAGUGUCCUGUCAAGCGCAUUCAUUGAUGAUGAGAUGCGAGAUCCCAAUUGGAAUGCAAAUCUUUCAGUCAACAACUUGUUGAGGAGGGUGCACAGUCGGUGAAUAUGAUCGAAAACAGCAUCAGCUCGGCCUGCUGUCAACAACUGAUAGUGGUUCAGAUGACGAUGAUGCCAUUUGUGGUGCCCCACUCGAUCCAGGUGAUUGCAGAAAAUGAACGAGAACUGCCCUCUACUUCUAGAACUUCUAAGUUUGUGAUGUCUAUCUAUCUACUAGUUGCUGUUAUAAAUGAAAACAUCACGCCGAACACCGACAAGAACAGUGUCCUGUCAAGCACAUUCAUUGAUGACGAGAUGCGAGAUCCUAAUUGGAAUGCAAAUCUUUCAGUCAACAACUUGUUGAGGAGGGUGCACAGUUGGUGAAUAUGAUCGAAAACAGCAUCAGCUCGGCCUGCUGUCAACAACUGAUAGUGGUUCAGAUGACGAUGAUGCCAUUUGUGCUGCCCCACUCGAUCCAGGUGAUUGCAGAAAAUGAACGAGAACUGCCCUCUACUUCUAGAACUUCUAAGUUUGUGAUGUCUAUCUAUCUACUAGUUGCUGUUAUAAAUGAAAACAUCACGCCGAACACCGACAAGAACAGUGUCCUGUCAAGCACAUUCAUUGAUGACGAGAUGCGAGAUCCUAAUUGGAAUGCAAAUCUUUCAGUCAACAAGUAAGUUUGCCCUUGCUGUUGUCAUGGAAUCACAGCUCAUUGUCAUUAUGGACGGUAUGACCUACAGCGCCAUUAUUCCCUAGUUGUGACUUUCUCUAGUUUCAACUUCCACCACUUCCACCACUCCACCACCAGAGUGGCGCUAGUAGUUCGCAGUAGGCAGAGACAUAGGUUAUGACGUAUCUAUGUCCGUGCCUACUGUGAAUUUUGGCCAUUUUCACAAUAUUUGCCUACACAAUGUACUACGAAAGGAACAAUUCCUUAUGCAUAUACAACGUUACCUUAUUAUAUAUGCAUAGGGGGUCGAAAGGUCAACUAUCAUUUGGAUUGAUGAAUAAAUUAAUUGUAUGGUCACGUGUGAUCACGAAUUGAGGUCAUUUUGUUAAACGGAGGUCUCCUUCAUUGACUUUGGCCCAGGGGUGUUGUCCCUGACUGCCAAAAAAAUCAAAAUGGCUGCCUACAGUAAUGUAGUUCCGAUUCCCGCCACCGGUAGAUCGCAGAUGGCGCUGCUACUUUUGACUAAUGCCAUUUCAAUGAAACAGUGUACAAUUUUUAAACUCUCAUAAAAUUUAAACCGAUAGACCGAUUUCGAGGAACUAAAGCUUAAAAUGAUCUCCUUUCGAUUCUGAACAACUUUCUCGCAGGUUGUAGGGGUCUAUCUUAAAAAAUGAAAAAGUUUUGAAAAGUGAUGAUGGGAAUCCCCAACCCUGCAAUCAUCAUGUCUAUAAAGAGAACAUUCAAUGUGGUACCUGAGUUUUCACUGCUGCUGGAAUCAUGUUUGUAUCUGGUAAAAAACACGUAGACAAAGUGUUUAGGAGAGAUUCAUACAUGGGAAUGUGAAUAUUAUAGAUUUUUGGUUGGACUUGUGAAUUUCCGGGAAAUUUAUUUUUGUCAGAAAUUCUUACAACCGACUAGGUAAUACAGGGGUAAGGGUAAUCGUUUUUCCUUCAUCACAAACCAAUGCAUUGCAUUGCAUCAUUUUUUCAAAACACGCGAAUUGAGUGAAAAAAAAUGCAAAUGUACAUGUUUGCCCUUGCUGUUGUCAUGGAAUCACAAUUAUGACAUUGUGCUCAUGUAGAGACGACAUCACAUAUAUGUGUGUACUUUUGGGUGGAGGGAAUUUUAAGGUAGUUGAGGAGAGUUGUUCAUGGAGAACAUAUUGAGUCAGGAGGACACAUUAUAUAGAGGAUAAACUAUUCCAGUACACAUGACAAAGAAUGAUCGCAAGCAAGAGACCUGGGCCGGCCCAUCAUAUGGAGUGACUGUAUGAGUGGAAUACAACCACCAGUGUCAGUAAGUGAUGACAAACUUUUCAGUGAGCACAAACAAGGAAUUGACUGAUUUUGAUUUUGAUUCAUCACUGUUUAUUGCAAUGCUUUCUUUGCUCUUCCAGUUGCUGUUAUAAAUGAAAACAUCAUGCCGAACACCGACAAGAACAGUGUCCUGUCAAGCUUUGACAGCCCUAGACCUGGUGUCAGAUUGCUGUGUUGCUAAAUGCAAUUGUGAAAUAAUUCAUAGGCCAGCUUUUCAUUCACUUUAAAAGUUUCUUCUUUUUAUCAGCUUGUUGAGGAGGGUGCACAGUUGGUGAAUAUGAUCGAAAACAGCAUCAGCUCGGCCUGCUGUCAACAACUGAUAGUGGUUCAGAUGACGAUGAUGCCAUUUGUGGUGCCCCACUCGAUCCAGGUGAUUGCAGAAAAUGAACGAGAACUGCCCUCUACUUCUAGAACUUCUAAGUUUGUGAUGUCUAUCUAUCUACUAGUUGCUGUUAUAAAUGAAAACAUCAUGCCGAACACCGACAAGAACAGUGUCCUGUCAAGCGCAUUCAUUGAUGAUGAGAUGCGAGAUCCCAAUUGGAAUGCAAAUCUUUCAGUCAACAAGUAAGUUUGCCCUUGCUGUUGUCAUGGAAUCACAGCUCAUUGUCAUUAUGGACGGUAUGACCUACAGCGCCAUUAUUCCCUAGUUGUGACUUUCUCUAGUUUCAACUUCCACCACUUCCACCACUCCACCACCAGAGUGGCGCUAGUAGUUCGCAGUAGGCAGAGACAUAGGUUAUGACGUAUCUAUGUCCGUGCCUACUGUGAAUUUUGGCCAUUUUCACAAUAUUUGCCUACACAAUGUACUACGAAAGGAACAAUUCCUUAUGCAUAUACAACGUUACCUUAUUAUAUAUGCAUAGGGGGUCGAAAGGUCAACUAUCAUUUGGAUUGAUGAAUAAAUUAAUUGUAUGGUCACGUGUGAUCACGAAUUGAGGUCAUUUUGUUAAACGGAGGUCUCCUUCAUUGACUUUGGCCCAGGGGUGUUGUCCCUGACUGCCAAAAAAAUCAAAAUGGCUGCCUACAGUAAUGUAGUUCCGAUUCCCGCCACCGGUAGAUCGCAGAUGGCGCUGCUACUUUUGACUAAUGCCAUUUCAAUGAAACAGUGUACAAUUUUUAAACUCUCAUAAAAUUUAAACCGAUAGACCGAUUUCGAUGAACUAAAGCUUAAAAUGAUCUCCUUUCGAUUCUGAACAACUUUCUCGCAGGUUGUAUCUAUCUUAAAAAAUGAAAAAGUUUUGAAAAGUGAUGAUGGGAAUCCCCAACCCUGCAAUCAUCAUGUCUAUAAAGAGAACAUUCAAUGUGGUACCUGAGUUUUCACUGCUGCUGGAAUCAUGUUUGUAUCUGGUAAAAAACACGUAGACAAAGUGUUUAGGAGAGAUUCAUACAUGGGAAUGUGAAUAUUAUAGAUUUUUGGUUGGACUUGUGAAUUUCCAGGAAAUUUAUUUUUGUCAGAAAUUCUUACAACCGACUAGGUAAUACAGGGGUAAGGGUAAUCGUUUUUCCUUCAUCACAAACCAAUGCAUUGCAUUGCAUCAUUUUUUCAAAACACGCGAAUUGAGUGAAAAAAAAUGCAAAUGUACAUGUUUGCCCUUGCUGUUGUCAUGGAAUCACAAUUAUGACAUUGUGCUCAUGUAGAGACGACAUCACAGAUAUGUGUGUACUUUUGGGUGGAGGGAAUUUUAAGGUAGUUGAGGAGAGUUGUUCAUGGAGAACAUAUUGAGUCAGGAGGACACAUUAUAUAGAGGAUAAACUAUUCCAGUACACAUGACAAAGAAUGAUCGCAAGCAAGAGACCUGGGCCGGCCCAUCAUAUGGAGUGACUGUAUGAGUGGAAUACAACCAAUGUCACUUGUUGAGGAGGGUGCACAGUCGGUGAAUAUGAUCGAAAACAGCAUCAGCUCGGCCUGCUGUCAACAACUGAUAGUGGUUCAGAUGACGAUGAUGCCAUUUGUGGUGCCCCACUCGAUCCAGGUGAUUGCAGAAAAUGAACGAGAACUGCCCUCUACUUCUAGAACUUCUAAGUUUGUGAUGUCUAUCUAUCUACUAGUUGCUGUUAUAAAUGAAAACAUCACGCCGAACACCGACAAGAACAGUGUCCUGUCAAGCACAUUCAUUGAUGACGAGAUGCGAGAUCCUAAUUGGAAUGCAAAUCUUUCAGUCAACAACUUGUUGAGGAGGGUGCACAGUUGGUGAAUAUGAUCGAAAACAGCAUCAGCUCGGCCUGCUGUCAACAACUGAUAGUGGUUCGGAUGACGAUGAUGCCAUUUGUGCUGCCCCACUCGAUCCAGGUGAUUGCAGAAAAUGAACGAGAACUGCCCUCUACUUCUAGAACUUCUAAGUUUGUGAUGUCUAUCUAUCUACUAGUUGCUGUUAUAAAUGAAAACAUCAUGCCGAACACCGACAAGAACAGUGUCCUGUCAAGCGCAUUCAUUGAUGAUGAGAUGCGAGAUCCCAAUUGGAAUGCAAAUCUUUCAGUCAACAACUUGUUGAGGAGGGUGCACAGUCGGUGAAUAUGAUCGAAAACAGCAUCAGCUCGGCCUGCUGUCAACAACUGAUAGUGGUUCAGAUGACGAUGAUGCCAUUUGUGGUGCCCCACUCGAUCCAGGUGAUUGCAGAAAAUGAACGAGAACUGCCCUCUACUUCUAGAACUUCUAAGUUUGUGAUGUCUAUCUAUCUACUAGUUGCUGUUAUAAAUGAAAACAUCACGCCGAACACCGACAAGAACAGUGUCCUGUCAAGCACAUUCAUUGAUGACGAGAUGCGAGAUCCUAAUUGGAAUGCAAAUCUUUCAGUCAACAACUUGUUGAGGAGGGUGCACAGUCGGUGAAUAUGAUCGAAAACAGCAUCAGCUCGGCCUGCUGUCAACAACUGAUAGUGGUUCAGAUGACGAUGAUGCCAUUUGUGGUGCCCCACUCGAUCCAGGUGAUUGCAGAAAAUGAACGAGAACUGCCCUCUACUUCUAGAACUUCUAAGUUUGUGAUGUCUAUCUAUCUACUAGUUGCUGUUAUAAAUGAAAACAUCAUGCCGAACACCGACAAGAACAGUGUCCUGUCAAGCGCAUUCAUUGAUGAUGAGAUGCGAGAUCCCAAUUGGAAUGCAAAUCUUUCAGUCAACAACUUGUUGAGGAGGGUGCACAGUCGGUGAAUAUGAUCGAAAACAGCAUCAGCUCGGCCUGCUGUCAACAACUGAUAGUGGUUCAGAUGACGAUGAUGCCAUUUGUGGUGCCCCACUCGAUCCAGGUGAUUGCAGAAAAUGAACGAGAACUGCCCUCUACUUCUAGAACUUCUAAGUUUGUGAUGUCUAUCUAUCUACUAGUUGCUGUUAUAAAUGAAAACAUCACGCCGAACACCGACAAGAACAGUGUCCUGUCAAGCACAUUCAUUGAUGACGAGAUGCGAGAUCCUAAUUGGAAUGCAAAUCUUUCAGUCAACAACUUGUUGAGGAGGGUGCACAGUUGGUGAAUAUGAUCGAAAACAGCAUCAGCUCGGCCUGCUGUCAACAACUGAUAGUGGUUCAGAUGACGAUGAUGCCAUUUGUGGUGCCCCACUCGAUCCAGGUGAUUGCAGAAAAUGAACGAGAACUGCCCUCUACUUCUAGAACUUCUAAGUUUGUGAUGUCUAUCUAUCUACUAGUUGCUGUUAUAAAUGAAAACAUCAUGCCGAACACCGACAAGAACAGUGUCCUGUCAAGCGCAUUCAUUGAUGAUGAGAUGCGAGAUCCCAAUUGGAAUGCAAAUCUUUCAGUCAACAAGUUCUGAGGCAUGACACGUACGUAUGACACACACACUCUCUGCCAUAUAGAGUGAUGUUGAACAAGCUGGUUCUUAAAUCUGUUAAAAAGCUCAGUUCUGAUGCUCAGACCUCAGGGUUGGAGGAGGGCUUCCACUUCACCUACCACCAGGCAAUGAGUGAGUGAGCAGAAUCUAUGCCGACAGACAGAGUGUGGUGGAGGAAGUCAUCCGGCUGGUGAAGACUGGAGAGACCUAUGACGUAAACUAUGUGUAAUGACUGAUGAUACUCCAAAUCUGGCCUCGCUGCACACACCGCCACCUGCUUCCAAGGAAGAGGCUGUAUUGAUUGCACUUGCAGCAUCGAAGUCGCUUCAACAAGAACGCCUGCUGAGAUAGACAUACAUGCACCAGCCUCAAGAACUCAUGCACACAUCAUUGUGUAGGCUGUUACUGUGUAGAUGAUGUAGACUGACUGCAUGACGUGUUGAGAACUUCUCGAUCACUGGCUUCCUGGAUAAAUGAUGACAAGCUCUGAUAAUAUCAGCUUUUUUAUAGUGUAGUACUCGAGGCCCUAGUUUCUGGAAGUUCAUAUUAUUGCGCAGUGAAAAAGUCCCAAGCAUGCAUGAAAAAUUUUAAGAAUGCAAAUUUUGAAUUAACAAUGUUCACUCGAAGUUUUAUUACAAAUAAAAAUAGAAGAACAUUAUUGAUAAA